UUGGUGGUGGUGGUGAGGUGAACCUUCAACGCCGCUCGCGGCUUCUUUCAUUAUCACGAGUACACGCAAUUGCGUCGAGUAAACUUUAAUAAUACGUGAAUAAAAUGGUUAAAGACAAGAAUAAAUAAAUAAAAAGAUCAGGUGAGGCGAUAAGACAUACCCGCAGAAACGAAAACAAUGAGCGUCAAUCCAAAGUAACCCAAUAAUUCAAGUGCAAAUCGAGCAGUGGAAAACUUUGUCAUAAAACAAACUAAUAAAAAAAUAAUAAACGGCAAAUGAUAGGGAAAGAAAAUUUUCGUGAUUGAGUACAUAAUUUCAUCUCUGCCGGUCGCCGCGGUGAUUAAUCCCCCAAUUGUCUUAAACCAUACGUAUAAACUUGAGUGAUUCCGAGAGUUAAAGCUUUUUUAUUUUCACUCUCAACUUUUACCUCGGCCGUUCGUUGUAGAUGCCAUUUUGAGACGACGCUGCGCCACGAUUCACAUCACGAUCCAAUAUUUAUUCAAGUUUUAUUUUUUUAAUUUCUCUUCCAUCCUUCAUUCCGACGAUGUUCGUCACUUCGUUCAAAUCACCAUUAUUCUGAUCGUAUGGUAAUAAAAGCACAGAUGAAGAUGAACAGAGAAAUGUUUGAGGGUAAGGAUUACCCUACCCAAUGGGCCCUGAAUCCAUCGACUUAUCAAAACAUGAGCAAUGAUCAGGUUGAUUGGGCGGCGCUCGCUCAACAAUGGAUAAAGAUGAAAGAAACGGUCGUUCCUCCUGCCCCCCCACCGCCUUCUUUGAGCAGUAACAAUACUACCACCGACGGCGGUGGGGAAGCUCCUAUGGAUGUAGAUUCCAAAGACGACGACGUUCCUCCAGCUCCUCCUGCUCCAAAUAUUAGCGGCUCAGAUGCUUGGAAUCAAUGGAAUCAGUGGGGACAAUGGAAUUCUUCGGGACCGGGUGGGGGGUCCUGGGAAUGGAGCGGAGUGCCGCCGCCUGGAACAACUAUGGGACCGGAUGGAAAACCAGCAGGAAUCCCAUCCAUUCCGGUUGUUCCGCCAGCUCCAACAAUUUCUAAUACGCCUCCCUUUGGUGUUCCACCACCGGCUCCUGCUCCUUAUUCUUACAAUUCUGUGACAUCUACCCCUACUUAUAAUCAGGUAUCUGGUUACUGGAGCGGAGAUCAAGCGAACUUGUCGCCUUCUCAACCGCCACCUUUCAUGAAAGGGCUUCCACCGCGUCAUCCUAAUCGCGUUUCUCACAUUCGAGGUAUGGAUCCAGCUAUAAGGAGUCGAGAUGAAAGAGAGAAAACACCCGAGGAAGAUUCGUGCACCGUUAUCGAUGCGGCAAAACGCAGACAAUUACCAGCCUGGAUUCGUGAGGGCCUUGAAAAAAUGGAGCGGGAGAAACAUAAAGCUGUAGAACGAGAACGACAGGAAUUGUUGCGGAAACACCAAUUAGACGCUAGGAAACAAGCGGAGGAUGAAGCUAGAGCAGUUCUCAAUCCCAGCAAAAGUAAAUUCGAUUCGGAUUCGGAGAAGGAAACUGAGACAGAACCCGAAGCGACGAACCACGCGAGUGACGGAACUGACAAGAAUGUCGAACAAAGUCCUGAAAUCAUCGUGAGAGCGAGAAAAUCACGUUUCCGCGACGCUCUUUCUCCCGAUUCACGUUCAGCCAAUGCGGACGGUCGAAAUACUUCGACAUCUCCGACGCCGGCCGUGAGUGUUUCGGUAAAACACUCGCGCGAAGAUAUUCUUCAGGGUGUCAUGCUGAAGGUUCGAAGGUCCUUGACGGAAAUUCUUUUGGAGGUGACGAAUGAAGAAAUUGGUUCGGUGUGCAGAGAGGUUUGGAGCCGCGCACGCGCCAAAGUCCCUGCAGGAGGCACGCCCAUCGCAACGCUCAACAACACGGCCCCUCUUGCACAGAUCACUCGGAAGCUUGGUCUGGGCAUCUAUGGUGACAGCAACAGCGAGUCCGAAGACGAAUCGGAGGACCCGGAAGAACCGCAGGAUAAUGAUAGCGAUGAAGAGCUCAAGGAAACUUUGAAGAGACGACAGCAGGCAUUCAAAAAAACGGAGGAGGAAAUCGAGGCGCGUUUGGCGCAGGAAGAGGAGGAGGAAUACGAGGACAAUCAGCAACAGCAGCAGCAGCAACAACAGGUGCAACAGUAUCACAGUAACAAACAACAAUACGAGAAUCAUAUUGGUAAUGAUAGCUGCCGAUUAACAGUUGAUGAAAAAGAAACGAUAAAUAAUGAAAGGGAAGCAUCGUCGGAAAGUCAUUCGAGUACAACCGGAUGUGGAUCCCAAAUUUCAUCUGUUCGACAACGACAACGUUCGAGUCGAGAUGAGACGGAAAUAGAGGGAUUCAAGGAGAAUUCUGUAUUCUCGAGUACUUCGGAACGUGAUACGAGCAGUGAGAAUGAGGACGGAAAGAAUGGCAACGGGAAUGAAGUAAAAAACGACAAAGAAGAAGGAGAUGAAGAGGAGGAAGAGGGAAAUUCUUCAACAACGUCGUCGGGUCGGAGCGGAGGAAGCAUGAAAAAUAAGAACCGUUCGUCUCGAAAUGAAAAAGAUAAUCAUGUAUCACGAAGAAAGUUUUCCGACAGGAGAAGCGAAUCUCGAAGCAAAAAAUCUCGUUCGCGGUCCAUCGGGGAUGAGAGACACCGAAAGUCUCGGUCUCGAUCUUCUCCAAGUCCGAGAAAAAGAAAUCGUUCGAGAUCUUCGAGUAGUUACCGAUCGGAGAAAAAGAGUCGAGGUUGUAGGCGAGCCUCUCGAGAUCGUAAGCGAAAACGAACGAGAUCGCGGAGCCGGGGAGCCAGAUCGAAAUCCGGCUCGUCCGUGGCGAGAAAGUGGAGGUCGCGAUCAAGAUCACGAGGAAAACGCGUUAGAUCAUCGCGCACCCGAUCCAGAGAUCGUAGACGCAGUCGGACGCGAUCGAACGAACGACGCCGCACUUGUUCUCGCACAAGAGAUCUGAGAAAGCCAAGUCGCACGCGGUCCAAGGAACGGGCAAGAUCCUCUCGUUCGAGAACACGGGAACGACGAAGAUCGAGAUCUUAUGGGGCUAGAACAACCUCGAGUUACCACAAAAAUAGUCAUAAUCGCGCGAGAUCGGGAGAUCGUAGUAAUAGAAAAAGACGAUCGAGAUCAAAAUCUAGACACUCGAGCCGUCAUCGAGCAUCCGAUGGUAAGAAGUCGUCUUCGCAUCGAUACAGGGAUUGAACGUCAUCCACACAAAGGUUGUAUCAUUAUCAUUUAUCUUUUUCCCUCCUCUUCCUCCCUUUUAUCAUAUCCCUGAUUACACACGUCCUACACUUUAAUUUCUCAUUGCACAAUCAAAAUUUACGUCAUCUUUCUACAUAGAUUUGUGUACGAAGCACAUUCCUUUCUUCACGCUCAAUGGAUGGAAAUGUUUUAACCAAAUUUUUAUCUCGUAUACGAGCAUAAAAUAGGAUUUAAAAUAUCGUUAUACAAAUUUUUCUCUGCAUUUGCGAAUUUAAAGCCACCCUUAAAACCUCUUUUGAAGAGCUACUACAAUAUAUAAAAUAAAAAAAAAUUUAAAAAAAAAAAAAAAACACUCAUUUAGCGAAUAUAGAAAUCUCGAUGAACCUCUUGUGAGAAUACUUCCUAUCCCCAAAUAUCAUUUAUCUUGUCAAUAACAGUUCGAAGAAUUAUUCAUUGGAAUGCGUUUUUUGCACAAGUUUUUAUUUCUUUAAUACUUUCAUACGAAGGUCUGAGAAAAAAAAUUCGAAUUUCGAGAGAUUAUAUUGUUUUUGAGAGUGGGUUAGGGAACAAUGCGAACGAGGCCUAGGAAUGGUAUUUUGUUUCAGCCGUGCUCUUCGAUUGGCACACGUCGUAAAUGAGAAAAACUGGUGAGGAUCAUCGUUUCGAUGAAGCUCAAUGGGCUUAGCAGCAACUGAGACUUCUUCUUCUUCUUCUUCUUCUUCUUCUUCUUCUUCUUCUUCUUCUUCUUCUUAUUCUUAUUCUUCUUAUUCUCUCCCUAAAAGUUCCACUGGUGAUUUUUCUUUAUCCCAGAGUGAAAAAACAAACAAAAAAUAAUCAUUCAAAGGUUGAUGCUCUGGUUGAAAUUUUUUCACAGCAUUAAAAACAAAAAUCGUUACUUCUGCCGGGUUCGCUAAUUAGCAACUGCAAUUUUAACUCAUUUUCAAAAUACGCGCGUGGACUCGCUCAUAACUUUUCACACAAUCCUCCAAUAUUCAUGCCUGGGCGAUAGUAAUUUUUUGACAAGGAAAAUACAAAGCAGGCGGAAUAAAAACAUUCGAAUAUUCAUCCACACUGAUACCCAUUGAUAUGUAUAUAUAGCGAUAUGAACGUUAUUAUAACAAUGUAAUAAACGUUUGAGUGAUCAAUUUUUACUCCAAA